AUUUCAGUAUUUCAUUGCAAGGUGUGUGAUUACUCUUAAACGGUCACACUCCUCAGCUGGCUCAAAAGAAAAAUGGCGUUGUCGUGAGCGGGACGAGAAAUUUCUACACACGGGUCGCCGCAGCCAAUCCUCAGCAGAAAUGCAAUAAAAUUGCAUCUAUUAACGCGUUGCAAGCCUUCGAACAGUGGACAAAAUUAGCGUGCAAGUGGAAUACAGCGAUUGACAAAAGAAAAUAGAAAACGAUGGCCAGUCCGAGGAAGAACUGAGAUGAGGAAAUCCACGAGUGGCCCAAGCACAUGCUGAACGCCGUAAAGCCGAUUUCAAAACGAAACGAAUAUAUAUCUUUGGCUCUCUGCGCGAAUAAUGCCAGAGGGAAGUCAAGAGGCAUCGUCGGAACGCACCAGAACGUAUCCGAAUUCGAAUUCGAGUCCGAAUCCGCACCCGCAGACAUGGCAAAUGUGAAACACAUGUGAGAACGUGUGCUUGUGUGUGUGUGUGUGGUGUGUGGCGUUAUAGCUUCCAAUUUGUUCUGUUAUUGUUCUUUUCUGGAUACGAAAUGAAAUCGAAUUAAAGCACACAGACACAGAUAAAGAUACAGAUACAGAGGCAGAUAAAAAAAAAAAACAGAAGCGAAGAGACAGCUGAAAUUCAAUUAACGAAACGAAAUACAAACAAACGAAGAAACCCCCAGUAGCAUUCCAUGUUUAAAGCAUUUAAAAGAAACUCCUAAAGAAGACAAGAGACAACAGACAGAGCCAAAGAGGGCGGCAGACAGCAGACAGACCCUCGAUCUAUGCCACAGAUCGGAGUCAACCGAGUCUUAUUCCAGCCGUAAUCCCCCAAAAUUCUCGUCUACAAAAUGUCCCUCGCCGACAUGGGCACGGCCUCGCGAUCCACCGGAGGCGGUGGCGGUGGCAGCGGCGGCGGCGGCGGCGGUGGCCGUCACUAUGACCUGGCCUCUGGCGGUGGCCCGGCAGGAGGUCUGCCCGGCGGUCGGAUGACCCAUUCGCUGAGCACACCCUCCGGUGUGGACGGCACCCCCUCAACGCCCAGGCAUCGCGGCGGCAAGAAGCUCACCGUCCGCAUACAAAUGCUGGAUGAUUCGGUUACCAUGUUUCAAGUGCAGGCCAAAGCUUUGGGUCGUGUGCUCUUCGAGCAAGUUUGCCGUCAGUUAAACCUACUCGAGGCGGACUAUUUCGGAUUGGAGUACCAGGAAAUGUCCACACAUACCAAAUACUGGCUGGACCUGGAGAAGCCAAUGAAUCGCCAGGUGGGCCUCUCGCUCGUCGAUCCCGUGCUGCGCUUCUGCAUCAAGUUCUAUACGCCAGAUCCAGCGCAACUAGAAGAGGAGUAUACCAGGUAUCUGUUCUGCUUGCAAAUCAAACGGGAUUUGGCCACAGGAAGUCUACAGUGCAACGAUAAUACGGCCGCCCUGAUGGCCAGCUACAUUGUACAGGCCUCGUGCGGGGACUUUGUGCCCGAGGACUAUCCGGACCAUACGUAUCUAUCUUCGUACCGCUUUGUGCCCCAUCAGGAUGCCAGCGUGCAGCGGAAGAUAAUGGAGAACCACAAGAAGCAUGUCGGACAAUCCCCGGCGGAGGCAGAUCUUAAUCUCCUGGAGACCGCACGACGUUGUGAGCUUUAUGGCAUGAAAAUGCACCCGGGAAAGGAUGUGGAAGGCGUGCCACUCAAUCUUGCGGUUGCCCAUAUGGGCAUCACCGUCUUUCAGAACAUAACGCGCAUAAAUACCUUCUCGUGGGCCAAGAUACGAAAGAUAUCAUUCAAGCGCAAACGUUUUCUGGUGAAACUGCAUCCAGAGGGAUAUGGCUAUUACAAAGACACGGUGGAAUUCUUCUUCGAGGGUCGCAACGAGUGCAAAAACUUUUGGAAGAAAUGCGUCGAGAAUCAUGGAUUCUUUCGCUGUACCGCAGUACAAAAUACCCCCAGACGGAAGACACGUGUCCUCUCACGUGGCAGCUCUUUUCGCUAUAGUGGCAAGACGCAGAAACAGAUCAUCGAGUUUGUACGCGAGAAUUAUGUGAAGCGGCAGAACUUCCAAAGGUCUCAGUCAUUCCGGCAAGGGCCACUGAAUGCUAGUAGCCGAAGUCAAUCGCAUACGUAUGUGAAUUCCAGCAUUUCAGCCAAUCCCCUACUCCCAAUUGACACUGCGACAUGGGACUAUCGCAAUCAAUGCAGCGACUCGAUGACCCCUUCUCUGACGAAGAAGGCAGCGGAUACCUUGGAUCGCCGACGCGACAAUCCUAUCGACCACAUGCGUUCUCAAGUCACAGCAGCCCAGGUGGAGAUCUAUCAGACGAAGAACUAUGCAGCGGAAUCGCCAACCUCGCAGGAGGAAGCGGCGGCAUGCUCGGCGGCGGAUCGUCAACUCCACUCGGCAGUGGCUAUGGACCAAAUGAAUUCGAACCGCUCGCUUUCACCACAGGGUCCGCAAUCGUGGACUUCGCCCAGCCACAGCAGCAGCCACCAUCAGCCACAGCCACCGCCACGCAACGCUCCCGAUCAGGCUCGUGCGCAUCCAGGCGAUCACAAUUUAGGUCUGAGCCACUUGUCCCACUUGUACAGCAGCAGCACCCCUCGUCGAGUCUCAGUGGGAUCCCAGGCGUUUGUCCCUGCGUCGCCGCAGCUCAUCAGCAUCAGCACCCACAGCACCCACAAUGCCAAUCCCAGCAUCAGCAUCAACAACAACAACACUAUGCCACACAGCACAUUGGUGGGGGGUCAUUCGGUGGAUCUCAGCAGCUCCAUGGAAUUGGAGGAGGAGGAGGAGGAAUUCCUGGGUCCUGCGGACACGGAGGAGGAGGCGGAGGAGGAGCCUAUGGGGGAGGAGGAGGAAUUAGUCGAGGAGGAAGCGGAUUCGGACUUGACAGCAUCUACCAUCAAUCGGGAGACUAUAACGGGAGCAUCAGCGGCGGCAGCAUCGGCCUUGGCAUCGGGAACAUCGGCCUCGGCCUUGGCCUCGGCCAGUGCCCAUCGUCAGCCGCUUCGGUCACAGGAGUCCCAGUCGCAAACUGUCACCCCAGUCCAUUAUAGCAGUACCAAUUAUUCGAUGUCUAAGCAGUGCAUGUUGAACAACGCCAACGCCAAUGCCAACUCAACCGAAACGGAGACCGACAACAUCAUCUACACCGACAUCAACGACAUGGGCCACUACAAAUAUCCAGACUUUCACAGCACCCUGCCACAUGCACAGGAGCAUAAGAUCUCCAACAGCGAACACCUCAAUCUGAACGAGCGCAACGACAUCUACGCGACCGUCAAUCGCAAGGCCAAGUCUAAGACACGCGAGAAGCACUUUAGCGAUGAGUUCAUUGAUCAGUCCAUCAUCCAGUAUGCCAGGGCCAAGCAGAUGGGAGGCGGAGUCGGCCCACCACUGCUACAGCAGCCCAGCACUUCUGCCUACGCGGCGUCUGUACUCCAGGAGCGGAACUACAACGGUAUGAGCUACAAUCAGUACCACAACGAUCUCAAUCAUCCCUCGGAGUCGUCUUCCUCCUCAUACUUUGGCACUGGCUUCGGCACGAAGCGUUAUGCUGGCCAGAGCGAGAGGGUGAAGCUGGCGCAGUCGGAGAACUAUCUGACGCCCUCGAUGGACUCUCAGAGCUCGAGGCACACGCACUCGUUGCCCCGCAACUCGGAGCUCUCCGGGGUGGAUUCGGUGGACUCGUACGACAGUCACUACAUCACCCACCAUUCGGUCGGCAAUCUGCCGCCGCCGCGCCAGUCCUCCUCUUCGGAGAAGCUCGAGUAUCAGUUAUCCUCGGGCAAUCUCUAUUCGACGGCACAGUUUGUGAAGCCUGAGGAGGCGGCCGCCCACUACAUGGACGACGAGGAGGAGGAUGAGGAGGAUGCUGAUGUCGAUGGAGAGAAUAUCUACGAUCAGGUGGAACGCGAGUCCUGGCUGAAGAGCAGCUCGUGCAAGGAUCUGUUCGAGCGUUACAGCAGCACCUAUUACGACCGAGAACAUCCUAAGCCCAUGACGGUUCUUGACAAGGAGUUCCUCUCCUCAAACCGCAUCGAUUCGCCUGUCACGCGGUACGACGACUCGCGCCAUUCGCUGUACAUCACCAAGAACCAUUCGAUCGACGCCCACCAGGACUUCUCCCCGCUGCCGCAGAGCAAGGUCUACUCCUCGAGCUAUCCGGGCAGCACGUACAACGCCCAAGACAAGCGGCACCAUGGACAACACCUGGACUACUCGGGGUCUCAGGAUGAUAUCUCGCAGGACAGCUACGAGCUGCUGGAGAAGUACGACAUUGACUUUUUCAGCGGUCGCGGUCGCUCCGAGGACCACAUGCGCUCCUGUUCUCUGGACUCUGGCAACUAUAUCCCCAGCGACGAUGAGUCCGUAUCGGAGCAGCCCAAGUACCGAUCGGCUAUUGAUGUGAAGUCCAAGUCUGCGGCGGACAUAAUGAACGAGAUCUGGGACGCCGAAGAUCCGCGCUAUCUGCCGCGCGAGAAGCUGUCCGUGAAGUCGGACGGGAACUUCUACAAGAAGAUCCAGGAGGCUCUCACGCGCACCUCCAGCCAGGAGAGCCAGAGCGAGAUGUUCGAGACGAAGAUCUCGCGCAGCUCCGACUCCAGUAAGAAGUCGCGCGACAGCCUCUACCACACGGACAGCAAGAAGUCGCGUGAGACCACCAAGAGCAAGACCUCGGUAGCUUCCAGUCAGGACUCGAAGGAGUCGCUGGUCGGGGACUGCUUUGGGCGCAACUACGAGAUGCCCACGACCACCUGCAAGAAGGUCAAGCAGUUCAACAAAAAGGACCUCUACGACAAGUUCGCCCAGUCCUCACAGGACUCCAAGAGCGACUACUACGACGCCGUGGAGGGGGGCGGUGUCGUGGCAGAGGCCCCCGAGGGUCUCUACUCCCGCCCCAAGGUCAAGAGCCACGACUGCCUACUCUCGGACACCCACAGCUCGACGGCGAACAGCUCGUUCUACGACAGCCGGGACACUUACUCGACGUUCCCCAGCAAUAAGACACACAAGACCUCAAAGGUACACUCGAUUAGCCUCCAGAACGUGGAGAUCGAGCGGAAUGCCAAGUCCUUCGGCGCCAAAUCACCCGAAUCGGUGUCGACACCAGCUUCGGGCAUGCGUUGCAAGGAGAAGGACUUCCAGACGGGUGAAUCGCUUGAGCAGACAACCUUCCGCAAAAGCAACUCGCAGUCGUGCAAGAUCUCCGCCUUCCGACGGCGCUCCGACAGCGAAAACAUCUUCAGCUUUGACCAGGAUCGGAUCGAGUGCAUCCAAAAGUACACCAAGCAGUGGGAAGGCCAGCCAAAAGAUAAAGAGUCCAAACACAGUCCCGAAUAUCCGCUUACGCCCGAGCUGAUAUCGGAGUUUGAGAAGCAGCAGGCCCGCAUCAUGGCCCACCAGAAGAUCACGCGCAAGGAGGAGCUGAUGGCCAAGACGCACUUCGAGGAGUACAACCCCAUAAUGGUGCCUCUUAGCUACAGCCACGCCACCGUGGAGCGCACCAAGAGCGAUCCCAACUCGCUGGCCAAUCGUGCGCGCCUCGGCAGCAACUCCCGUCGCCAUGUCCUCAUGCACCAGAAGUCCAUCGAUCUCACCCCGGCGGACUCCAACUCUAGCGACGAGGAUUAUAUCUACAAGCAGAUACCGAGUGCCCCGCCGCUGUGCAAGGCGCAUGGAAACUUUGAGAUACCCAAAUGUUACGAUGGAGGCGGCACUCCCACCCAGCAGGAGCUGCCAAAGACAGGGUUCGAGCUGCCUAAGAGCUUCUUCCGCGACUACGAGCGUCGCUUCACCAAGGUCCUGAAGGAGGACAUACCCUAUGUCCUGCACAAGCGGCACAUCAUGAACGGCACUGCGCCUUCUCCCAGCGAGAAGAAGCACACGAAGCCCAAGUCGCCCAAGUCUCCAAAGUCCCCCAAAUCCCCCAAGUCUCCCAAGUCACCAAAGUCACCAAAGGCCAGUGCUCCAGUGCUGCCAGUAAUGGGAGGGGACUUCUUGCCUGACAUCCUGGACAGCCUCCUACCCGCAGAGACCAAAGAGUUCCUGUUCACGCAGAACAUUGAUCUGUCCAAGGUGGAUCCGAUCACCCUGGAGAUCGACAAGACCAUCCCGACCAUACAGCUGUCCUCGCCCAAGAGGGACAUCACCAAGCAGAUGGACGCCUCCACGCUGGAGAAACUCAACAAGAAGCUAAGCCAGAUCGAGAGUGACUCGGCCACCAGCUCGCGGACCGAGAGCAUGCAGCAGCAGCAGAAGCUUGAGCAGAAGCAGAUGGAGCUCAUCCAGAGCCUUCGCAAGGAGCUGCAAGCGAAUGCCCGCAAGGCCAACAAGCCGCGUGUCAUACCGAAAACUAAGUCGGGGGUCAAGUCGAAGAAGCAUGGCAAGACCCGCAUCACCUCUUUCUCGUCGGACGACGAGAGUCUUGAUUCUGAUGACGUCUUUGGCUCGGCUGAGGCCAUUCCCGACCGGCUGGAGUUCUCGCCCCCACAGUCGCGCAAAGAAAUCGAAUCGAUCCUGCGCAUCGAACAGAGUCGACUCAUCUCAGCCGCCUGGGGACGCGGCCAGACCAUGAGCUCCACCGAGAUCGAAGGCUCGCCCCCGCAAUGCCGUCGCCUGGCCGAUCUGGAGAGUCGCUAUCACACCCAGAAAUUGGAUCCACAGUAUGCCAAUGCCACGGAACUGAGGCGCAUUUCGGAACGCUCCAUUUCGAUACCCUCCUCUGAGGACGAACCACAUGUGCCGAUGCGCGGACGCAUGGACGAGUGCACCAAUGACUAUCAGCGAAACGAGAACAUUCCCUCGCCGAUACUGGAGCAUGCCGAGUUCUUCCGCAGCAACGACGACAUCUACGAGACGUGCCACGAGGAGAAGAUCACGGGCUCAGACAUUGACUACACGCUCAAGAAGCAGACGGCCAGCGGAUCGCAGGCGGCCAAGUCUAAGGUCAAGAUGAUGGAGGAGAUCAUCGACUCCUCGAUUGUGCUGCGGUCCAAGGGCCAUGCCCCGAUCCUGUUUGCCCACGCUCGACUCAAUCUGUCUGAGGGAUCAGUAUCGCUUCAGCGUCAGAAGGCCACGCAGGUGCAGUCGCCGACGGCAGACCGUCGCACUAAGAGCCUGGACACCCCAGUGAUCUCUCUGCAUCGUCUGCCGCCCAUGAAUGCAUUCUCUUCUAAGGAUGACACUGUGGGUUUCGAGGAGGAGGCCGAGAUCCUCGAGGAAAAAUCGCUGGAGCGUGCUAAUCAAACGGCGGCGCAGGACGAUGACAACGCGGACAGCGUUCAUUCCUGCGGCGGGUCCAUUCCCACGCAGAGCAGCUACAACAAUGCCCAUGGCAAGGACUCGCUACUCAGUGCCGUGACCAUCGACAGCGAGGAGGUGCAGCUCCUGAAUCAGCUAAAGUACAUCGAGAAAAUAGCCCUACAGGGCGUCAAAAUCAAGGACAAGAAAAAGUCUAAGACGAGGCUCAAGAGCGGGGACCAUCUCAUAUUGAACAUUCCCAAAUACCGCUUCACGGACUGGUCGCCCUACAGCUCGGCGAACAGCUCGCGCAAGACCUCUCCCGGUGUGUCCCGGGCCAGUAGCAUCGAGAGCACGGGCAAGGGAAAGCUCAAGACCUCGGAGCCCUAUAAAGGAAGGCCCGUAUCCCGCAGCCGUCCCGAGUCGCGACGCACCAGUGCGGAUGACAUUAAAGGCAGGGAUGGCCGCGGUGGAAGCAAGAAGUCCAGUCCAAAGGAGCGACCCCGCUCCAUUGACAUGCGGCGUUUAAGCAAGGACAAGAGCAAGUCGCAGGAGGAGACCGAAGCGGAUAUUGCCAAGCGCAAGGAGCGACAGCAGAAGCUCUACGAAUCGGCCAUGAAGCAGACCAUUACCAUGCUAAGUCCCGUCAAGGACGCACUGCCUGCGUUCCCUGCGCCAGAGGACAAGAUUCUGGUGAAGACCGACGGUGACAAGAUAAUUAUCGAAACGGAGUUCAAGUCCAAGGCCGAGGAUCACGUGCUGAUCGCCAAGGCUCCUCGAAAGCUUGACACAUCGCUGGUGAAGUUCAGUCGCAGCUUUGACGAGGGACGCAGUCCCGACAAGCUGGACAAGGCCAAUCGCAGCUUCGAGGAUCGCAACAAGUCCUUCGAGGACUCGGAGAAGUCAGAUGUGCCCGAGGACAUGCUCAUCAAGUCGCCCAAGAAAAUAGCUAAGGCGCAGGAGAUUAAGCAGAGGAUCGAGGGCAGUGUCGUCCACAAGAAGAUCGAUGGAAAGUCGAACAGUCUGGAGCGACCUGCCGAGCACCACUACCUCGGCACGGACAUUAAGGCGCGCAGCCUAGACGACAAGAGGCAACAGACGGCUGCUGCCGCUGAAGCUGCGACCAAAAAGAGCGAAGAGAAGCCCGCUCCUGUGGCGCGUAGCGCCAUAGGAGACCGCCGCAUGUUCGCCCAUCAGUACAAUGUCCAGGAGGAUAUUGACAUGCAGGCCGUGAUCUCGGAGCGUCGUUCGCUGGAGAUACUAAAGCGUUCGCUGCCCUCCGAGGAUGCCCGCGACAGUGAGUGCACCCACAGUCGCAAGGCCUCCACCGCCGAGAGCCUAGACUCUUUCGUAUCGGCCGAUGACAGCCAUUCUCCAGCCAGCAAGUCCCCGGUGCCUGGGACGGAAGGUUACCCUCAUCGCGUGCCCACCAUCGAGUGCGAAGAGCCCUCCAUUGAGGAGGACGACAACUCCUCGGAGCGACGGCACUUGAAGGUCGGAAGGCAGGACACGAAUCGUCUGAGUCUCGACCGAAGUCGCAGCGACGAGACGGGCUCCUGGAUGACCGUAGAAUGCGACGAGUUUAUUGGAUCGGACACCUCUGAGAAUGAACCGCGCACCUUAGAGCCCGAUCGGAACAUACUCGAGACGCAGGCCACUCUGGAGGAUGCGAACCCUUUGGAGUACUCGAAUUGUGCCACACCCACGUCGGACCUGAACAUACUGGUGACGCCACCAAAUGCAAGUCCCAUGAUUGAGAAGUCCGUACUGGAGACUUUCGAGAAGUACACCGGAAGCUCUUCGGACACCAAAAAAAAGUACAGCCUGGAGAAACAGAGUGACAGAUCGAAGAGCUCUGAUUCGUGGACUAGCGGCGAGAAGGACAGCAGCCCCCAGCGGCAGCAGGAUUGGAGUCUGUCGGUGGGCAAGGAGAAGAGCUCCGUCGAGGAGGAGUCGAGUGUAAGCUGCUCCAUAGCCCGCCCGCUGGGCAUCUCACAGGACUUUGGAAACGAGGAGGCCAAAAAGUGCCAGGAGCUCAAGCAGAGAAUGCUUCAGCUGGAUGUGGCCGCCGGUAAGGAUGGAAUGGAGGAACCCGCUGGAGAAUCCAAUGAACAGACACCCACCAACGAGCCAACCAAAGUACUGAUCCCAGGAAAGAAGCCAACAACUCCCACGCUGGAGAAGCAGAGUCCCAUCGAUCUGGGAAACAGCACAGAGUCCUACUUGGAUCCGAUUGAAGAGCGCAUAGCCAAGAUCCUGCAGCGGACCGAGGACAGUGAAUCGAGCUCGGGAGGAUCGCGAAAGCCGCCGCGGAUCGAGAAGCCCGCCCGUGCGAAUGCCGGGAAGAAGCUGUCGGUGACCCAAGCGGAACCGGGCAAAUCUGGCAGUGAUCGCAGCUCCCAGGAGUCGAAGUCGAGCUUCGACUCGAAGGGUUCCCUGAGCGUAGAGUCGCGGGGCUCGUUCGAGACGGAGAGCAGCUCCGGCUCGCUGGGAGCUGCCCAGAGACGCGGAGACCUGGCCGCAAAGGAGCAGCAGAGCACCUGGAAGCCCUUCCCUAUCGAGAGUUCAAACAGCUCCAGCACCGACGAUCCCUGGCACCACGUGGAGACGGAUGGGGGAUACGAGCGCUACGAUGCGCAGCAUCCCCUGCGCGACUCCUCGGACAGCGACGUGAAGGAGGUGUCCCCCGACGAGCAAAAGAGGGAUGAGAGCGACACCAGCUACCAGGACGAUCUGAAUGACUUUCCCACGACAUUCGGCUACCCGGCGAUGACCAGUAAUCUUGGCGGAAUCGGCGUCAAUCCAACGGACAUCAUCGGCUACAGCACAGGCUUCACUCUGGGCCGCACCCUGUCGCGCAUCUCGGAGCGAAGCACGGCCUCGGAGAAGUCCAGCAUGGAAGAUGACGUGAGCAAGGCCUCCACGCAUUCUGUGAGCAUGCGAGACGAGUCGGUGGGCUCCACCGACCACCAGCCGAGUCUCAGCUCUGACUCGAGAAGCAACACCAAUCUAGCCUAUAUCUCUGAUGCCGAUCGUCGCACCUCCGCUGAAAUGCCGGAGAUUCCCUGCGACUCGGCCACCGGGGAUCGUCUCUCCAGUUUGGGCAGCAUAAACGACCCAAAGUCCCCGACUCUCGUCACGGGACGCUUCUCGGUGACCCAUGUGGAUGAGCAGCAGGGGGAUGGGGACGACGGGGAGCGGCACACUCUGAUGUGUCUGUCGAAUGCGGGAAGCCAGGACUCGGAGGACUGGCCACUGCCAGAGAUCCCCUUCGAUCAUGUGCCAGUUAAGCCGCCAGAUAGCCUCUAUGCCAUGCCGGAUCUAGACAAGCCCGUGCCAAAGUCUUUCUGCUGGAAGGCGAGCAUGUCCUUUCAACAGAGCCAGGACUCCGUAGACUGGCCCUCGCCUCCCUCGAGCACUGUCGGUGCACCUAUCAUCGUGGAGAACAUUGAGACGUACUACGCCAGCGAAGCCCAGGGCGCCGACCAAGUGGUGUUGCUCGAAGAAGAGGGCCAUGGACCGCCCGAUGUGGCCAAGGUGCUGCCCUACGAGGACACUGCCUACCUUAUGUCCUCUGCCUUCGAGGACAAGGACUUUGGCAGCGAGCAAAUCCAGCCCGACACGGUUAGCUGUCUCAGCUCCACCCUGAGUGCUGCCUCGUGUCUGUCGUCUUCGCUGAACGUCAGCUGCAGUACGGCGUCCACACAGCCCACGGCCAGGGCGGGACCACGCAAGAACUCCAGCCCCGAGGUGAUUGUAGCCCAGCCCACACGCUCGCCAGCUCCAAGGAGCCCGCUCUCCGAGGAUGAGCUCUUUUCCAACGACGAUGUGUUUAUGCCGGGCACCAUCAAGGUGCAGCUCUCGCCCGAUCCACAUUUGAGAAAAUUGUCGCGAGGAUCAAACAAUUCGGACACCUCCAUCGACGACAUCCUGUCCGCGAGCACCACCUACUUGGACGAUCAGACCACAGUGCGGCGGAACUACGAGAAGAGAUUGAGCAGCGGCGGCAGCUGCAAGAAGUGCAGUCACUCGAGCCACUCCGAGGAGGAGACCAGUUCCAUUGGUACAGAUCUGGAUGGCACCGUGCGAAUGGGACUGCAGCACAAGAAGUGCACGCACAGCUCCCAUUCUGAGGACACUUCCAUUGGGCUGAGCAUCUCGGAGUGGUCUACGGGCACUAACACUGUGCGUCAGUAUGCCAAUCUCUCGGGAUCCGACAGCCUGUCGGCCGUGUCCACGCAGUCGUGCGCCAAGAGCGAAAAGUCAAACCAAACCAAGUCGAGCAUGAGCUCCAUCAACAAGUCCGCGGAGAGCUUGAACGAGCAGAGCGGCGGCAGCUUCUCGCACAAGUUCAGCGGCGACAACGGCUCCUCCGACGGCCUGCGCUACGACAUACUCUCAAACUCGGAGACGGACAAGAUGAGCGAACCCACAUCGGCCACGCGCAGCGACGACACCACCCUGACGCUCACGGAGAUGGCCCAAACGAUCAGCGAUUGGUCCACCUCCAGUAGCCGCACUCUCGUGGCUGCCACUCCUUUGAAGCAGCAGCAGCGUGUGGGGUCGGGCGCCAAGGGAUCGCUGGGAUCGCCCAGCGAGGAAAAGCGCUGCUCCCUGCCGCAGGUGCACCGACGCAGUGGCAGCAAUGGCAAUCAGGGCCGAUCCAGUCAGGAGCACACUGAAAUAUCGCCACUGACAGGCACCGCCAGUGGACAGCCCGAGACCAGUGCUGCGGCCCGCAAGCGACGUUCCUUGGAAAUGAUGUCGAAACUCUACCAGAGCCAGGAGAUCUGCUCCGAGUCGGAGUCGCCUUUCGUGGAGCGUUUGUAUGCGCACACGGAGAAGCUGACGGAGCGGUAUCAGAGCCAAGAAUUUGUGCCACUCCACGGAGCGGUAGUUCCGGCUGCGACUUCAGCGGGAGCACUAAACACCACUCAGAUCCAGACACAACAGUCGCAGCAGGUACGCCCCAAGCCACGGGCACCACAGCCACCCACAAAGCCGAAGCCAGCGGUGACCCGUCCCAUCAUGCAGGCACUCCUGAACAAGAUGAAGCAGCCAGGAUUGGCAGAGCAGGCAGCCGCUGCCGCCGAGGCAGAGGAAGAGGCUACUGCCAAAGCCAAUGCCAAUGCCAAGAAAGUGGUGCCGCCUCCUGUACCAACACACGUAAAGGCAGCUCCUCCACCGGUGCCCACUGUGCCACCGAUUGUUACGCCCAGCGAUCUGCCCGGAGAUGUGGGGGCACCGCCAGCCAAGCCGCUAGCCAAGCAUCACAGCUACGACGACAAAACACUGUCGAAGACCCAGAUACGAGACUUCAAGACUAGCAGCAAGCAGCUGCGGCAGUCGAGCUCCUUCCACGAGCACAUGCUGAGCAAGUCGCAGCAGUCUUCGCAGGAGCAGCCCAUGCGGAUUGACGAGGAGCGCGACGCGCACUCCACAUCCUCGGCCACCAACACCACGACGACCACCAAUACCCUGAACAGCGAGAGCACCGAACCCUAUUCUCCUCACAUGCCCCAGCGGGCGGACAAGCUGAUCCGCUGCUCACCCUACUACUCGAGCAGCCUCAGCUCGGAGUCACCCCCUAAUCAGCUGGUGCAGAAGCCCCCGAGGAAGGCGACCAGCGGUCAGCUGACCGCGGCAGCUGUGGCCACCUCCAUGAAGAGUCCUCCCAGUGGCAACGACACGGACAGCUCCCUGGAUGUGAGGGGCCAGGACCCAAAGCUACGGAGUCGCGGCUAUCGCAAAAAGCGACAGCUGCCGGCCAAGAGGAUCAGGGCCAACAUGACGGCCGCUGCACUACUGGAGCAGGCCGAGAGCUCAGAGUGCUCGGAGGGGUAUAUGCCCGAGAUGGACUCGGGAAGCUCCGAGUACUCCUCCCAGUACCAACGCGACGAUCAGUAUCUGGAGUUCGACGAGGAGCUGGAGCGCGGAGAGACGGAUGAAUACGAUGACUAUCCGCAGUACAGCGGAAAGUUCGAGAGCCUCGACAUGAGCGACAACGUAGAUGAGAUGGGCUUCCCGCGCUACGACCGCCUCGGGCACAUCACGAAGCCCAUGUACCAGGCCUUAGUGGAUCGCCCGGCGCCGGCCAAUCACCCUAUGCCCCCGGCCAGCGGGCAGCCUGUUAAGCCAGCCCGCACCAAGAAGAGGACCCUGAAGCGGGAGGAUUCCAUGGCAGCAAGCACCUCGAGUGCGGCGGCUCAGGCGCAGCCUUACCACGGACGCAGCUACUGCAAUCCCGAGGAGAGCGAGUACGAGACUCGAGGAGGAGGUCUCUCUGAUGAGCUGGCCAACUCCAGUGAAGACAGUUGCAGUGGCUUUGGUGCAGUGGCAGCAGGAUCGGGAUCAGCAGGAGGAGCAGGAUCCAUGGGAACCAUAAGACGGGGAGCACCCAGAGGAGGAACCAUGGAGCAGCAGCAGCAACAGCAACAGCAGGAGGGACAACCGCCCCGACAGCAGCUGCCAUAUCCCGAUUUUCUGUCCGACUACGAGAGCGAACCCAUUGAGUACGAGCGCUAUGCCUGUGGACUGGACAUACGCGUCGAUCCUCCGCCCAAGUUCCAUGACUCGGAUGACCUAAGUGAUCAGUAGAGAUCGGUAGAAUGGAAUUAAAAUGGAUAAAAGAGAUCUCUAGGAUACCUAGGAUGUUGCGUGUGCCCCCUCUCCUUUUUUGAGUGCAGCAUUUUGAUUUCUUCCGUUGCCUUGGAACAACAUUUUUUAGAACAACUCUACGACUUUUACACACAAUCCAAGUACUUAUAUGUAUAACCAACUUAUUUGUAAUUGAGACUGAUUUACGACAAACCAAGAAAAGAAAAAAGAAAAACCAAA